AAGGAGGCAAAAGUUUUCAGAAAAGAGCUUUCCUUCAUGCAAGAUGGAGAGGAAGACAAGGUCAAGGUCGCUAUCAAAAUUCUGUCUAUGUCUAAAGAAGAGGUAGAGGAGGCUCUCACUUAUACUGACAAGGACAUUGAUCAGUUGAGUGAGUCUCUACAGAGGAUAGAGGACAAGUUGUUGAACUUACAGGAGAUGUUGGAUAAGGAGGAGGAAGAGGGGACUAAUUACAAGAUGAGACAUAUCAAAACACUGCCGCAAGAUAAGUCAUACAAGAUGGUGGGAGUACCAGGACUUAAGCUCAGGGUGCAUGAGAAUGGAACAGUGAAUGCUCCUAGAGAUUUCUAUUUCAACUUACGCAAAGCUACCCAAGGAAGUACGAAGGAGCUCUUGUUAAAAAGACUGUUGGAUGAGUUAUCGGGUAUAUUUGUUAAUCCGCAAAAUCCCAAGUUGGCACCCAUAGCCAAGAAGAUCUUCAAUCAGUUUGGACGAGAAGUUAAAGACGUGUUCAGUCUACAGACUGAGGAUGUGGUCUGGGUCUCCUUCGGAGAAUCUUACAUCUCCCCGUUCACAUAUGCGUUGCAAGUGAUAUUUGAUAUGGCGAAAGGGAAGGAUGUGUUUGAAGAGAAGCAAGUGAUCCUUAGAGAACAACUGAUGCCAGAAGAAGGUUUUGAAGGCAUGGCAGAUCAUGAGAAAUACGAAGCAAGUAUAGGUUUCCCGGCAGUAUAUGAGUAUGAAAAGUGUAAACAUGAAGGUGAAAAGGCUCAAGUUGAUCAAAUGGCAAGCAUGGCAGAGUUGGAUCCUCGGGGACACUUUCUACAGUUUAUGCCAGACCCCAAGAAGGUAUUAUACCCAGAAAUCAUAAUGAACCACAAGUUACCUAUAGGACAUAAAGAACUCUGGCCGGCUGAAUCACAGAUUUGGGUUGUAUCAAAGUCUGGCUUUAUCUUCAUAAAACCAUUCCCCCAGCUGUGCCUCGCUGUGACUGAGGUGAAGAUUGAGACAAACUUGACUGGCAAGGAUACCAAGGUAUCCGGCUAUGUUGUCUCACUACAGAAGAAGAUGAUUGGCAAUCCGCACCAACUCUGGACGUUCAAUCCUGAUGCCACGAUAUCAUCUAAGGCCUAUUCAGAUAUGUUACUGACAUAUCUUGGUAAGAAAUUUGGUGAGGAAUCAGAGGACAGCGCUCAACCAGAGGGACUGAAGCCAGGCAGCCGGGUGUAUAUGGUGGUGACCGAACCCCUUACCAAGAAAGACAAAACACUCCAAAGGUUUGCGCUGAAACAAGAGAAAAUUGGAAACCUUGGACAAUGGAAGUUUAAUGAUGCUACAAACCCAGAAUGGAACAAACAAGCAUUGUCAUGGCCCGUGAAAGCAGAUGGCUCUCUCAAUAUGGAAUACGACUGGCCUAUGGAGGGGUACAUUCUGCCGUUUGCUCCAAAAUUACAUAAGAAGGAACAAGCAGAAGACGGCCUAUUUGGAAUGACUCCCCUUAGAUUACUGGUGGUGCGGAACGGAGAGAGGAACCUGCAGAUGGCUGUCCCAGUGGUUGGUCCAAAUCUCACUAAUUUCAUGAAAGAUCUAUCUAAAAAGCCACCAAAACCAGACAAGAAGAACCGUCGGCGUCAACAGGAAGAAGCAAUGAUGUCGCAACAAGAUAACACAACAGAUAACAUAGAACUUGAUGUUAAUCUUCACUGUCGAGAUCUCUCUGUCAGGGAACUCGAAUUCAGCAUGUUCCUCGACCAUUGCACAUCACUACUCAGUCUUCCAUUUGCUGGGCGGCGACUGUUUGAUGAGAACGGUAACGAACAUUUCUCAUUGAAAACAUUGAAACGUGACCAGCUGGUGUAUGUAUCAUGUGGAGAGAUCUGGACUGACCCUCAUCUCACCAAAAUGGAACAGCAACGACGAUACCUGUUGUCUCAGAUAUCUCAGGAUGUUGCCAAGAUGAGACAGUAUGCUGCGCUGAGAAACCCCGAAAAAUAUGUUCUGCAAGUGGAUCCGAGUAUGGCUCCGGGAGUACCUGUCAUCGUGAACCGACAGUGGUCCAAGGAUGAUGAUGACGUAGAAAUAGAAAGACAGAGUAUGGCCUCAGGAAAACCACCAAGUGUCGAUUCCAACCCUCAAUUACAGAAUGUGGAGGAGAUGGACGACCCUGAAAACAGGUUCAAGUUCCACCAGAAAUCGCAUGAUAAAUCUGAACAGCGUUUGAACAAUCUGAAGUGGCCGUGGGAACGACUUGUUAACGUUAAUAACAGUUUUGACAAUGAUCCUGAGGCAAAUAAGUUUACUGACAGGGAGAUGUAUGAGAAAUACAAACCUAAAGCAGUAACAAAGAUUUCACGAGAUACGCUACAGAGGUUUGUGUAUGAAGAUGGUUAUAUUGCGCUGGCAAAUAACCGCCAGCUGGUGCUAGGUGUGUCAGAGCCUGAGGGACGUAUUGUCGAAGUUCAUCUAGUAAAGAGAAGACCAGACGAUAUAUACCAGCAGUGGCUUAUGAGAGAAAAUGGAGAAAUUCGUCCUAGACAUAGUCAACAAGCAGUGCUCACAGUUUCCAUGCCAAAUAAUGAACCUUUUGCGGAAGAUGAGGAAGGUCGACCUUUGACCUUCUUUGGGUGCAAGGUUACGUUGCAGAGUCGUAGAACUAACGAGUUUGGUAAAGCUCACCAAAGAUGGAGAUACGAUGCUGAAACUGGAUUUAUUCAUGCAUUUUACGCAGAUCUUCCGGACAAGGAGAUAACCGCUGCCAACAAGGCCGAUGUUUGUACAUACGCUAUUGCAAACACUUCAAAGAUUGACCAGCCAGGCUAUACAGCUGAUGUCCCCAUGCAAACAUCAACUGACAGGGCUACAUUGAAGCGCAUAAAGGUUUGCAUGUCUUGUGCACGUGCUAUGAGAGGCAGAUAUAAGAUUUCAAAACUACCAGAAAAUACACAGUUUUCUUGUGCAAUGGGCAAUGCAAAGAAGUUAGGACUACAGCAGAUUGGUAGUUUCAAUGUUGUUAAUGGUAAAGUGGAUCUGUCUGCACAUGAGUAUGAACUUACAUUGCAAGAAUGGGAGGAAAAAUUGGCUAAACUAUCUGAAGAGACCAGUGCAAGGGUGAUAACGAAGGAAAUUAAUGUAGCAAAGACUGUUCAGACGGUAAAAGUGCUAGCAUACAAGAAUGGAGAGGGUAGGAUGAGACCAGGGGAGAUAAUCUGUGGUUCCAGCAUAAUUGGUAUACUGAACCAGUGUACUCUGCGACUAGGACUAAACCAGGCGGCAGUACGUAUGUACACGGAGGACGGUACAAUGGUUGUUGAGAUAGAGGACCUCAUUGACUGGGCGAUACAGAACUACAAAACCUUGAUGGCGGAUCAUCUGGAAAAACUAUACCAGGGUAAACAAGAUGAGGAUGAAAACCUGCAGCGAGGUGAAGGGGAAGGACAGGAAAAGGAAGGGGAGGGGCAAGAUGACGUGGGAGAGGGGCCAGACAAAGGAGAAACAGACGAUAAGGAGGCAGAUAAGACAUCUCGACAAAGAGAAUAUUUACUGAGUCAAGUGCGUCUACCCUCGGAGGAAACUAUUCUUCGCUAUCCAAUAGAAAUAUGGGUAUCCAGCGGCAAACCUUUUGUUCCACCAGAAGUUGUUGAGUCCAAGAUGGAGAACAGAAAGAAGAAGAGGGCAUUCAGGUCAGCCGUGUCAGUCGAGUUGGACAUUGAGAAACAUGUACUCCGGCAAAUGAAAGGAAGAAGACUGGAUGAGUUGAGCCCGGGAGAGUACAAGGGUACAAAGAACAGUAAUAAACCUGUGAUAGUUGAAGGUCAUUGGGAGGAACCAACUGCUGAGGAACAACAAAAACAUGACACUGUACAUAAACUACAGGAGCAUCUUGCUGAAGUGAAGAAAUACCAAAGAGAGAAAACAACUCCGUUGGUGUUAGACAUGAGUAAAAGCCUUUACAAACAACGAGAUACUAAACGUAUACUUGCUUAUCCUAAUGGGGAAUCUGUUGAACGUGCUACAUACAUCUGGGGUGAAAGUUUCCAACAACUCCUUGAUAGUGCUACAAUGAGGCUCAAUCUUUGGCAACCUGCCAAAAGGUUCUUCACAAUGGAGGGGAAAGAGGUAACGAAAUUCUCAAAAAUACAGAAGGAUGAGUUGGUUUGUGUAUCAACUGGUAAACCAUUCAAACAGGGACAAUCUAGUAGACUGGAUAUAGAGAUCAAGGCAAACUGGUCACGUGCACACAAACAGUAUGGUCCUACAUCUACAGAUGUCCAUGUUGAAGCACCAGCUAACCCUAAAGUUAAUGUUGAUCCAUUUGGACCCCCAGCACUGGCGCUACCUUUGACCAGUGGUGAUCAAGGAACCCAAAGUACAACAAGGCCCCAGACUGCCAAGGCAAAGUAAGGGAAAAGUACUGACAUACUAGCCUCUGCGGCAAAGUAAGGGAAAGUACUGACAUAGCCUCUGACCCAAAGUGAAAUGUUGAUGGGAAACAGACUUCUGACUUAUCAGGGUAGAAAGUAGAAUGUGAAUAUACUUUAUGUAGAUAAAUACAGACACGGAAUGCAUGAGUGCCAAUCUAGAUGGCUGUAGAACUUUUGUAUGAGAACGUUGUUUAAAAUAUAGACAUAACGUCAGCAGACAUGUCGCAAACAGAUGUUGACAUAUUAUCAGCUAAUGUUGGCAUAUCAUCAGCAGACAUUGACUUACAUUCAGCAGACAUUUACUUAUCAUCAGCCGAUAUUGACAUAUCAUCAGCUGACAUGUCAUAAUCAGAUGCUGAAUAUCAUCGGCCGACAUUGAUAAAUCAUCAGCAGAAUGUUAACAUAUCAUCAGCCAAUAAUGACUUGCCAUCAGAAGGCAACGUAUCUGGCUUGGUUUUAAAGGAGCUACCAGUAAUUUUUUUUGAAAGGCUUAUACCAAUACAUUUUCAGUAUUGAACUAAUGGUUGUUCAUGAUGAUCGAAUUCCACUUUUUCUAUUUUACAAAUACUCUAUGUUUGAAUGACAUUUGAAUUUCUACCAUUGUUAUUUAUUGUGAAGAUUGACUUAUAAAAGCUGUUAUAUACAACUAGUUUAGUUGUCUAUUAUUAGCCCGUUGUAAAUACUGUGUGUUGUAUAUGUUGAAAUUGUGCUAGAUACUAGUGUUCAAAUUGAAUCGAAAUUCACAAACUUAUAUUCUGUGAUAUAUUUCUUAGAGAGCAUGAUUUUAUUAUAUCAUGUGUUUUAAAAUGUUUUUUGCUUUAUUUGAAGGCACUUUCUUAUGUUGUAUUUUUAAUGCCUUUGUCAAACUGUUUUAUCUAAUAUUUUUUGCCAUAGAUAUUAAUAGUACAUUGUAUUUCCAUACUUUUAUACUAUAGUCUUUAUAUGUGAAUUCGAUAACUGUAAUUUCAUGCUACAUGUGCACAACAAUUCCAAGUUGUUAUAAUUUUACAAUGUUUUGUGAUUUUUCAAUUGAAGUGUCUAACACAAAGUCAUAUCUCCAUAGUUUUGAUAACUUUCCUCAAAAUGAUGAAAUUCGAGAGAUAUUGUUUGAUUUUGAUAUAAAUACAGUCUUUGAAAUUAUCAACAUAAGAAGUGUGGAAUGUCUGUAUUUUUAAGGUACAUGAAAUAAAAUAUAAGUAUCAUGGAAAAAAUUCAAGGGUCUAGGUAUUAAUGUUAAUUUCAGAGACUUGUAUUUAGAGCACUUGUUAGCUAAUCACAUGAUUUUACCAUUCUGACAUGACAAAACGGCUCAGUUGUGUACAAAACUGUCAAUAUAUUUUUAUGUUUUUAAAGUUUAUGUAAAUCAUAAACAGGUGUCAACUAUGUUUUUGAAUAUUCUGUCUUAUGAACUUUUAUGAAUUAUUUAUUAUUAUAUGUGAUAGUAUUAAAGUUUGUGUAUUGUUUUUACAUUUUGAGCAGUUUAUUUAUAUAUAUUUAUGAUAGGCCAACAUGUGGUGUGAAACUACAUCAUUUAGUAUAAAUGAAAAGCCAGAAGCAUUUUUUAAUUAUUUUGCAUUAGUCUAAAUGUUAGUCAAAUUCAUCUUUAUAAAUCUCAUUUACCGAGAAUUUCUUUACAUUCCAUGAAGUUUGAAUCUUUUAUAAAUCUCAUUUACCGAGAAUUUCUUUACAUUCCAUGAAGUUUGGAUCUUUUAAUAAUCUCAUUUACCGAGAAUUUCUUUACAUUCCAUUAAGUCUGGAUCUUUUAUAUAUCAAUCUCAUUUACCAAGAAUUUCUUUACAUUCCAUGAAGUUUGGACUAUAUUUACAAAGUUUUUUGACCCUCCACUCACAUACAUUCUGAACUAUUUCUUUGUACAUUUAAACCAAUCUGUCUCAUACAUUUACAUUUGUCAUUUUGAAAUUGUAACAUUCCGUCCACCAAAUAUUUUUAUUUUAUCUAUGUUGCUUAAAUAUGUUUUUUGUGCAGUUUAUUCUUUAUUUGUCUAUUUUCCAUGCCAAUGACUGCAAUAAUGCACAAAGGGGCAACUGUAGAUGUUCCGCUACCUCCAGAAGUUUGAAAGUCCCUGUUUGACAUAUAAUUAUGCCGUUUAAAAUUUAGGAAACGUUUUUAAUCUUUUUUUUCCAGUUGUCAAAUAGUAAGCUUGUCUGUGCAACUGCAAACAGUUUAAUAUAACUUUGUUCAUGAAUUAUAGAGGGCUGAGCACGAAACUAUUAUAUCUUGUUCCUUAUUUAUGUACAGUUACAAUGUAGUUCCAUGCUCAUCCCUUAGUAUGACUUGUCAUGACAAAUGUUGCCUAUAGAAAGUACACGUUUUAUUCAGUGUACCGUUCCUUCUGGCAGCAUUUCUUGGACUUUAAAUAGAUCUAAAAUCAAAUCAAUAAAAGUCUUGACAUUUAUUUGGUAUGUAUCCUGGAAAAACUCAAGUUCUAAGGUUUAGCUUUAGCUUUUAUUAUAAUGGUUUGGACAGGUUUUGUUGUUUUGGGCACAUCAUUUUAGAAGUUAGGAAACAUUUUUUUAAACUUUAUUUUUCCGGUUUUCAAAUGUUUCAUGCUUGUGUUAGAAUGGGUUGUGAUAGACUGUCUAUGGUCACUUGUGAUAGAUGUUUUUGUUAUGAAAUGUAGAAAAUAAAAUAUGACUAGAAUAAAACUUAAAUGAAUUAGA